UCUGCUGUUCCUCACACAGCUGUUUCUGUUUCAGUUAAUGAUUGUGUUUCAACAUACAUAUUGAAUUGGUGAUCAUUAGCACCUGUUUGGUAUAAUUGUUUAAUCACACACCUGACAAUAUGUCUCCAAAAUCUCUGACUUUGUGUGUACCUAGAAGAACUGAUGCUGUUUUGAAGGCAAAGGGGCGUCACACCAAAUAUUAAUUUGAUUUAGAUUUUUCUUUGGUUCAUUCACUUUGUAAUUUGUUAAUUGAUAAAAAUAAUCUGUCUCUGUGUCCAAUGUCUAUUUUUGAAAGAUUUUUUUCCACACCUGCCUUGCACAGUACUGCAUAUUUAAAAGACCGAGGAGGAGGGGAGGUGGAGCGCAGAGACACAAAGGAAGAGGGAGUGAGCAGCUACAGCCAUCAAGGUGAAGGAGACACAGUCAACGUGAUAUGAACUUACAGGCUGGGAACUGAUCUGAGCACAACCUAAGAGCUGAAAAGAAAAGAAAAAACACAAUAUUUUGAAGGCUGUUUUCUCUUUGGAUUUGCGGCCUCGAGGGGAGAUAAUAUUUGUAAGAGCCCCAGCCGCCUUUAUGGUGAUACUUCAUCAUGGUGGACCUGUUCAUUGACCACAUCCUGGUAAAGAACAACAAGGACCAGGAUGAGCUGGACACAGAGCGUGAGAUCGUUCUGCGCCUGCAGAACCGCAUCCUGAUGCUUUUCUUUGCAUCUUCUGCAUGUGAGGGCUGCCAGCGGUUUGCGCCCACGCUCAAAGACUUCUUCAAACAGCUGACAGAUGAAUUCUAUGUGGAUCGCUCUGCUCAGCUGGUUCUCCUGUACAUUAGUUUGGACCAGUCAGAGGAAGAGCAAGAAAGCUUCCUUAAAGAGCUGCCCAAGAAGUGCCUGUUCCUGGCGUUCGAGGACCCCUACAGGAGGGAGCUGGAGGCCAUGUUUAAUGUGGAGGAACUGCCCACAGUGGUAGUGCUGCGUCCCGACUGCUCCAUCCUCAUCCCUAAUGCAGUGGAGGAGAUCCUCUGCCUCGGCCCAGACUGCUACCGCAACUGGCAGGAAGCAGCAGAGCUCAUUGACAGGAGCUUCAUCAUCAGCGAGGACUUUGAGCAGAAGUCCAUGCGCAGCUUGAGUGACCCUGUCAGACGACUGAAGUACAAGGUGGAAGACGAGAAGAAGAAAAAGAAAAAGAAGAAAAAGUGCACAGGGUGGGGUGGAGGUGGAGAUCAGGAUGCGGAAGUGGACAAAGACGAAGGAGGGUCACCAUUUUGAUGGAGACCAAGAACAAAAGUUGAGAUGAUUAGUAAUUUAAAGCUCUGACUGAGAACCAGCAAAACUCAAAAGGAAUGAAAUAAGAUCAUGUUGUUCUAUCUUAUGAAAUGUGCUACUGAUACUGCUACCUGUUGUAAAUUUUAUUGAAACCUAUAUUCUUAUUCUUAUUCUUAAUAUUAUAUCAAAAUUAUUAUCCAGUCCAGUUUUAUUACUUUGUCAACUAACUGAAGUAAAUGAAAAUAUGAAAAGUUGAGUUUUCAGUCAUCAGAGCAAAUGUCAAACACAGAAACAUUUACACCUAUGUACGCAUUGAGCUCCAGUAAUCAAUAUGGGUGCAUUUACAGGUCACAUGACCACGUGUAUUGAGAAAGAGGUUACUCUUAGUGUCACUAACUCAACUGUGCAGCACGUUUUCACCUCGUUUAGCUUGUUGUUCGCAACAAGUGGCAAGCAGACAAGGUUAGUGACUAGCUAGUGAAGAAAGUCAAACUAUCUUGCUAACACUUUUUUAAGCAUUAUUUUUGCUAUUCUCUGUUGAUCAUUGCGUCUCUUGACAUCAUUUUUGUUAUAAAAUUUGUUAUAAAAUAGCAUAGUAUAACUUGCAUUGAGGGUGGGGUGGAGGCGGAGAUGAAGAUGCGGAGGUGGACAAAGACAGAGGAGGGUCACCAUUGUGAUGGAGACCAAGAACAACAGUUGCCAUGUUUAGCCAUUAAAAGCUUUGACACAAACCCUUUUCACAGCAGAAUGUCAGAAAAUACCAACAUUUCUCAUCCUAUUCAAGAAGUAGAAAUGUCAGACUGACCUUACUGUGACUAGCUUUGCUUUUCUAUACCAGCAUUAUAAGUGGAUGCGGAUAUGCCAACAACCAAUAAAAAGUGAUGUAAACACUAUCUAAAGGAACGCUGAACACUGCUAACCAACGCUGACCUCAGCUCAGAAUUGGUUGUCUUUAAUGUCUUUGAAUGCUGCCAAGUACACAGUCAAGCCAAGGGGAGGUCUGAGCCAAGUAUUGCCAUUAUGGCUUUUUUACGACACCCAGGAGAUUUUUCAAACCAUUCCUCUAUUUUCAACGACACAGCUCUGUAAUGCAAUGCACGUUUUUCACAUGAUAAUUUUCAGCAUCCAGUCAAAGCACAAUCCCAAAUCAAUGCAUUAUUCAGCACCAUUAAAAUAAUUUUGUUACUGA